AUGGAAGAAUUACUUGAAGUACAAAACAAUAACAUAACCAAUCAAAUUUCGCGCCCAACAUCUAAAGCAGGCUUAGUGCUAAUUGGCAUUACAGGUGGAAUCGGUUUGGGACUAACUGUGAUCAGUAUUCCCUUUGUUAGUCCAGCAUUAAGAAAAAUAUGUUUGCCUUAUGUUCCUGCUACUAACCAGCAAUUAAAAAAUGUUUUACUAGCUUUGCGGGGAAGAUCUGGAACUGUUAUUGAUUUAGGAAGCGGUGAUGGUCGUUUGGUUUUAGCAGCAGCUAAGAAUAAUUUUAAUGCUUAUGGAGUAGAACUAAACUUCUGGUUAGUGACAUACUCUAAACUUCUGGCUUAUUCCCAAGGACUUUCUUCAAAAGCUGUAUUUUAUAGAGAGAAUCUUUGGAACUUAAAUUUGAGUAAAUAUGAUAAUGUAGUAUUAUUCGGAGUACAAUCGAUGAUGCAAGAAAUCGAAAGUAAAUUUAUUGCAGAAUUGAAGAAGGACUGUACAAUCGUUGUUUGUCGAUUUCCUCUACCAAAUUUAGUGCCUGUCAAAACAAUUGGACAUGGAGUCGAUCGUGUAUGGGUUUAUAAGCCGUUAUGA